GUUCCAACACCAUCUUCUGAGAUGCUCCUGAUUCCAAGAAUGCUUUUGGUGCUACUCCUGCUGCCGCCUAUCUUGAGUUCUGCAAAAGCUCAGGUUAAUCCAGCUAUAUGCCGCUAUCCUCUGGGCAUGUCAGGAGGCCACAUUCCAGAUGAGGACAUCACAGCUUCCAGUCAGUGGUCAGAGUCCACAGCUGCCAAAUAUGGAAGGUUGGAUUCAGAAGAAGGGGAUGGAGCCUGGUGCCCUGAGAUUCCAGUGGAACCUGAUGACCUGAAGGAAUUUCUCCAGAUUGACUUGCAUACCCUCCAUUUUAUCACUCUGGUGGGAACCCAGGGGCGCCACGCAGGGGGUCAUGGCAUUGAGUUUACCCCCAUGUACAAGAUCAAUUAUAGUCGGGAUGGCACGCGCUGGAUCUCUUGGCGGAACCGGCAUGGAAAACAGGUGCUGGAUGGGAAUAGUAACCCCUAUGACAUUUUCCUAAAAGACUUGGAGCCACCUAUUGUGGCCAGAUUUGUCCGGUUCAUUCCAGUCACUGACCACUCCAUGAAUGUAUGCAUGAGGGUGGAGCUGUACGGCUGUGUCUGGCUAGAUGGCUUGGUGUCUUACAAUGCUCCAGCUGGGCAGCAGUUUGUACUCCCCGGAGGCUCCAUCAUUUAUCUGAAUGAUUCUGUCUAUGACGGAGCUGUUGGGUACAGUAUGACGGAAGGGCUGGGCCAGCUGACAGAUGGAGUGUCUGGUUUGGAUGAUUUCACUCAGACCCAUGAAUACCAUGUGUGGCCUGGCUAUGACUACGUGGGCUGGCGGAACGAGAGUGCCAUCAAUGGCUACAUCGAGAUCAUGUUCGAAUUUGACCGCAUCAGGAAUUUCACCACCAUGAAGGUCCACUGCAACAACAUGUUUGCUAAAGGUGUGAAGAUCUUUAAGGAGGUGCAGUGCUACUUCCGCUCUGAAACCAAUGAAUGGGAACCUAAUGCCAUUUCCUUCCCCCUUGUCCUUGACGAUGUCAACCCCAGUGCUCGGUUUGUCACAGUGCCUCUCCACCACCGAAUGGCCAGUGCGAUCAAGUGCCAAUACCAUUUUGCUGACACCUGGAUGAUGUUCAGUGAGAUCACCUUUCAAUCAGAUGCUGCAAUGUACAACAACUCUGGAGCCCUGCCUGCCUCUCCUAUGGCACCCACAACCUAUGAUCCAAUGCUUAAAGUUGACGACAGCAACACUCGGAUUCUGAUUGGCUGCUUGGUGGCCAUCAUCUUCAUCCUCCUGGCUAUCAUCGUCAUCAUCCUCUGGAGGCAGUUCUGGCAGAAAAUGCUAGAGAAGGCUUCCCGGAGAAUGCUGGAUGACGAAAUGACAGUCAGUCUUUCCCUGCCUAGUGAUUCUAGCAUGUUCAAUAACAACCGCUCCUCAUCACCAAGUGAACAGGAGUCCAACUCGACUUAUGACCGCAUCUUUCCGCUUCGCCCUGACUACCAGGAGCCAUCUAGGUUGAUACGAAAACUCCCUGAAUUUGCUCCAGGGGAGGAGGAGUCAGGCUGCGGUGGCAUUGUGAAGCCAGCCCAGCCCAGUGGCCCUGAGGGAGUGCCCCACUAUGCAGAGGCUGACAUCGUGAACCUCCAGGGAGUGACAGGAGGCAACACAUACUCAGUGCCUGCUGUCACCAUGGACCUUCUCUCUGGGAAAGACGUGGCUGUGGAAGAGUUCCCCAGGAAACUCUUAACUUUCAAGGAGAAGCUGGGAGAAGGCCAGUUUGGGGAGGUUCAUCUCUGUGAAGUGGAGGGAAUGGAAAAAUUCAAAGACAAAGAUUUUGCCCUAGAUGUCAGUGCCAACCAGCCUGUCCUGGUGGCUGUGAAAAUGCUCCGAGCAGAUGCGAACAAGAAUGCCAG